AUGAAAAAGCAAGCGCUUUCAUGGAAGACAGAUGACACAGUGGCUCACUAGUAUGCCGAGCUGUUCUCCUUGGAGAACUGAGUUAAAAUCCAGCUGACUCAUUUCUUUAUUUUCAAAGAAAGGGUUAAUUUCACUGGUUUGAUUACAGACAAGUCUAACUUGACUGUCCUCAAACUAGGACGCAGCAGUUUGUAGCCCAAACUGUGUUCUGACUGUUUCAAAGAAAAAUGGAUAUGGUACAUAAUGGGUUAAUCUAGCUCUGCCCUGAGCAGCCUUCAUCAUUUCUCUAACGUAUGUUACAAUAUAAGCUUUCAACUGUGCUCUCUCUCUCUGAGCUGACACAUGCAUUCGGGGACACAAUAGAACAGUCAUAUUGCCACAGGAUUUGAAUGGAAAAGCAGAAAAAAUAUUUAGGGCCAUAUUUAGCACAAGAUGAUAAUAACCCAGAACUAAUUGCAGGCAUCAUAAAAUAGAGAGGGAAAUGAAAAAAAAAAAAAAACAAGAACAAUUUCAAUGACAUCUGAGGCUACUUUAUCUAACAUAGAAGGAUAAUACAGAAUCACUCAGCGAGAGAAGAUCGAAGGCACUGAAGUUAAUAACACAACUAACGACCGGUUGUCGCUUUGUAAUUAACAAGGGAAAACUAAUCUACCUAGAUUACAAUCUUUUUUACUUCUGUUUUUCAAGAUAUACACACCAACAUCAUUCUUAACCCAUCGAUUCAGAUACAUUGAUAGACGCUGCAGGUAGUUCCCUGAACGUGUAGUGUACUGCUCACUAAUAUUCAUUUAACAUCUCCUUGGAAUACAUACAGUAGGUACAGUAACAGCAGCUUUAAUUAAAUAUGCAGUGGGUUGUUGUUUGCUGUUCCCAUCCAGUACUGGCCAGGCAAAAGACCUAUGACAUCAUAGAACACAGACAUGACCUCAGACCCUGACCGCCCCUCAGCUACAAUUCUGAGGGAGGCUCGGAGUUUCAGAAGCAAGGUGAAUGUGUGUGAUUGGCCAGGACUUACCCCUCAGGGAGAGAAAGACUGGGAGGUUUCCUGUUGAGCUUUCCAAUAUGAUCUUGGGCAAUGUUCAAUUAUUAAUAAAAAUAGCCCUCUGAGCCUAGACAGGGAAUGCAGUGGCACAGAGCUGUCUAUCACACACACACACACAGGAGCAUCACCAGGGCUAUAAAAAUAGCCAAGAGAUUCCCCUGGGCACAUACUGCUUUUCUACAAAAGCAAGUAGAUCAAUUUUUACAUACGGUGCUGCAGUUGGCUCUGUGUAUAUUCAAGGAAGGACUCUUCUUAUCAGCAAGGUCGUGCUUCAGAACAUGUUGAAAGGUUCAAAUUGGUUCCUUUGGGUGAUCCUACAGUAACUGCGCUGAACAGGUGUUGCACAGAAACAAACCUUUCAAGUUUGAAUAAAAGAAAGACUGUAGCUACCCGUAGUGCAGCCAGGCUUGACUUUCACAUUAAAGAGUGCGUAUGCAGCAAUGCUAAAGUUUCACAUCCAGCCCUUCUUGUGGACAUUAGGAUAGUCAAUCUCUCUAACCUCGGAACGAGAUUCAUGCACUCAACUAAAAAACAUGAGUAUUUAGAAUGCUUCCCAGCACACUCUCAGAGGAAUGCUUCUUAGUGAAACCUCAUUGAAAUGCAGACUCGAGGCUCCGCACACUGAAGAGGAAACAACUUAGAGCCACUCAGCCAGCUUGAGCAUCACUGCAUUUGCAUGCACUCCUUAAAGGGUACAUAAGGAUCUUUUUAUUUUAUUGUGUUACAUGUUCCCAUGUGUUGCUACAACUGUUUACAUAAGGUGCGUGUACUGUUUUAAUUUUUUUUUUUUUUAAAACUUUGAAAUUGCAUUUCCAUCAUCCUCCUGCUCACAUAUGUAACUGAGAUGGAUUUGCCAGUGAGCAGGAGGAUGAUGGGAAAUGUAGUUCUGAGAGGUCCAUGCGGGUGGAAGUGCAGCUCUUAUACAUUGUGCCCUCAGUGAACCAGCUACAUUUAAUAAUAUAUCUAUCAUCUGUAAUUCACUGUGCAACUUUCAAACUUAAACAACAACAAUAACAACAACAACAUUCUACCACGCUAUCUGAAGUUUACAGAUUAUCAUUAAGCUGCUCAAGAUCAAAAGCAGUAACCAAACGACACAGUGCCUUAGCAACAGUGUAGAGGCAUGCUGAAUUAGAAUGGGUUGCAAGUGCAGUAACUACUCAGUCAAUAAAGCAAGUGUCAUGAAAGGUCAAUGCCCUAGUGUGCCUCCCAGGAUGACUGUAGCAGUGACCAGAACGUCUGGUGAAUCAGAAACUGAUCGUGCAUGGUUUGUAGUGGAACCCAGCAGGGCUUCUGUCUUCAGUGUUUAAAAAGCGUCAACCGCUGAGUCACGCAUUUAUUUAUAAUUUCCUUUCUUUUUACAACCCCCUCGCGCUGUGACUGAAAUAGAGUAAGCUGUGCAGAGUGCAGAGACGUCGCUCAGGAGCACCUAGAAAACCUCCCGAGUGAAAAGGUCUGUCGGUUCACAUUGAGCACAGCAGCCAAACAGUGGCCCACCAACCAGCGAGUGCUGGGGGGGGGGUCACUCUAUUAUGGCUCCGGACAAAGCAUGCAGAUCAGAAAGCAACACGGCCCUCUCUCCCAGACUUGAUUCGUCAGCGUGAAGUGGGACGAGGAGGGUAAGGCGGUCAUCAUCAACACCAGACUGUACGAAGAGCAGAUCCGGGAGCACCAGCACCUGCUGUUGGCGUUGCAGAACUUCAGAAACAUCGCCAUGAUGCACGGGCUCCUCUGCGCUUACGGGUUCAGGAAGAUGGCCAAGGCCAGAGGUGAAAUGCACGUGUUUCAGCACCCAGACUUCACCAGGAAGUGUAUAAGAGGCGGCAGCAGCAUAAAGAAACCCUCCUCAGCCACUCUGCAGACCAGGAAAACUCUGAAGAGGAAGCAGAAAAGAGACGUCUCAUCCAGGGAGCAGAGCACAGCUGGGGAGUGUUUGAACCCCGCCUCACCUACAGCCAUGGAGUUGUUUUCUGGAAAACAGCAACAUGCACGAGGUCUGUAUCAAUACAUAAACAGCAGCCUCCCCGAAUUCAACACGCCCUCGGAGGACACAAGGAUUGCUCAGGUGCAUCCAUCGCCUUCUAUUGAGGACCAGCAAGCCUCCAGCAUCCCUCCCUCAACAUCGUCCCUUCAGCCAGCAGGAGAUUCAACUGAAGAGAGAUUCACCUCCCUGACAGCGGCAUACACAUCGUCUUCUUCAAGGGAAAGGCCAGCCAUAGCGCAGCUAGACCAGUCAACACAGGACGGCAUCGAGAGGAUGCUCAGCAUCUGUGCCACUUCCUUAGUGCCUCCACUGUCUCCACCGCAGGUGUAGUGAAGCCUCUUGAACCCUCUGUAGCAACUCGACCAGAGCACGAACGCCAAUUUGACAACUUGUAUUAAAGAAAGGAUACACACUGCAGCGACAUUCUUAUUACAAAUGUCUCUGUGCUAUUGAGAGGUGGUGCAGAGUGGGUGGUUAUUUAUAUUCAUUAUGGACAUUUAUAAAGAUGGGCUGGAUAGUGAGUGGGAAGGAGGCAGUCGAUUUCAUAGAAAUAAUUCUAAACGGGGAUUACUGUAUGUGUGUAGUUGCCUGACACAAAACAAGCCCAGGCUGAAGAAACAAGCAGCGCUAACACAUUGUUAGUGUUUAGGGUUGGUAAAGAGUGUGUAAAAUGAACAACUAAACCAACUGUUACACUCCUGGUGGCCUUUUGAUGAGCUUAGGCCAGUCACCACAUAUACCCAGUAUAGAGAAUAUUAUCCUGUCUUUGCCAAACAGCGACAUCUGCUGGAUAAAGUGAGCCACAGUUGCUGUUGGAGCACGAUGGGGAUUUAAAAAAAAAAAAAAAAAAGGGGGGGAUC